AUGGCUUCAAUUUCCGUCUUCCCCUUCCACGUGGGAGAAAUAUCAAACGAACGUGUGAAGCUCAUCCGCUUCAACCCAGAGCAACACUGUGAGACCUUCUUCCGCCUAUCAUCGCCCCAUGCCGAAAUAUACGCACACAUGCCCAUGUCUCCCCCGGCCUCGGCAACCGAAUUCAAGUCCCUAUUUUACAGUAAUUCCACGAGCCAUAUCCUGUCUUUCUCCAAUCCAGAGUCAUUUGCCUUUGCCAUAAUAGACAAGACACGGCCGCCAUCCCCAGAAGACCCCGAAGGUGAACUAGCUGGAACUGUGAGCUUUAUCCGUACAUCACCGAUAAACUUGUGCACAGAGAUUGGAUUUAUUGUCAUUCUGCCUCCGUAUCAAAGAACUCAUGUGGCAACUAAUGCCGUUGGACUCGCUCUACAGCUUGCCUUUGAGUCCACGGAGAAAGGCGGCCUUGGAUUGCGCAGAGUACAUUGGAUGGCUAGCACGAUGAACCCUGCUAGUGCUCGACUUGCGCAGAGGAUGGGAUUUGAGAAGAUUGGGAUUACACCUUGGCAUAUGCGGUUUGUGAAGGGGAAGACAAAUGGGAAAGUUGGAAAUGGCAGGGAACCGCCGGCUGGAGGUCAUCCUGAGGAUUUAUGGAGAGACACUGUGAGUCUUACUUUGGCGUGGGAUCAGUGGGAAAAUGGCGCGAGAGAAAAGGCGGCGAAGGCUACGGAGAGAUGA